AUGGCUCCUAACGAUAAACAAAAUGGAAACGUCUUCGAUAGUGCUAUCGACACAGCCAAGCAAGGAAUUGAUAAUGUGAGCGAAAAGUUCAGCGGAGCCAACAUCACUGAAGAACAAAAGGAAGUAGAGUCAACCACCACUACUGACAAGCUUGCUGACAAGAUCACAGACGUGCGUGAGGACGUGCGUGCGAAGGUCCACGAAGCCACCAAGACGGAGGAACAGAAAGAAGCAGAGAAGACCAUCACUGAAAGGAUCACAGACGUGAGUGAGGACGUGCGUGAGAAGAUCAACGAAGCCACCAAGUCUGAGGAGCAGAAGGAGGCAGAGAACAAAACCACCACUGAAUGGAUUGGUGACAAGAUUGCAGGUGUCUGCGAGAAAUUCAGCAAGACUGAAGAAAAGAAGGAAGUAGAGCCAACCACUACUACUGACAAACUUGCUGACAAGAUCACAGACGUGAGUGAGGACGUGCGUGAGAAGGUCCACGAGGCCACCAAGACGGAGGAACAGAAAGAAGCAGAGAAGAGCAUCACUGAAAAGAUCGGUGACAAGAUCACAGAUGUGCGUGAAAUGGUCAACGAAGCCACCAAGUCUGAGGAACAGAAGGAAGCUGAGAACAAGAGCACCGGUGAAAAGAUUGUGUGUACUACAUUCAGUAGUGAUUGCACCCCAGGCCCUCCUGAAUCGAUCAAUCAGCAUAGACCUCGAUGA